UUGCACGCGUUGUAAAGUCAGGUUAGGUUAAAUUUAAACAGUCUAGAUGGCAGUACGUAUUUUGCGUAUGCUAUAUGUAAUCGUUCAACGUGCCGCAUAUCCCUUAGAAGCGAACUUCUUUGACUAAAUAUAAGAUCGCCGCCGCGAGUUUUUGAUUCCAUAAGUGAUCAUCAGAUAUGAAUUGACAAACCAUAGUGAUAAAAUUCUUUCUAAACGUGUAUCUUCGAUCCGUCUCGAUCUACGAUCGCGUUACGAGUAUAGUAGAUAGGAAUGGAGUUUGGAGUGGGCAAUGUGGCCCAAAUAUCAGCAGAACUUGCUCAAGUAGUAGAGGUGAUGAUGUCACCAAAUGUUCCACAAGAACAACGUUUAGAAGUAUAUAAUGCUUGUGAACGUUUCAAGGAAUCAUCUCCUCUAUGUGCACAAUGUGGAUUAUACUUAGCACAAAAAGCUCCAAAUAGAAGUUCAGUAGUUCGACACUUUGGAUUACAGCUUAUGGAACAUUGUAUCAAAUAUAGAUGGACACAAAUAUCUCAAUCAGAAAAAAUAUUUAUAAAGGAAAGUGCAAUGAAAUUGCUUCAAGAAGGCACAGAACCAUUAUUGCAAGAAGAAGCUCAUAUUAAAGAUGCACUUUCACGUGUUGUAGUAGAAAUGAUAAAGAGGGAAUGGCCACAACAAUGGCCUACAUUGCUUGCUGAACUUAGUCAAACUUGUACAAGGGGUGAAAGUCAAACUGAGUUGGUUCUUUUAGUAUUUCUAAGACUUGUAGAGGAUGUUGCACUUUUGCAAACAUUAGAAUCUAAUCAGAGAAGAAAGGAUAUAUAUCAAGCACUUAAUACAAAUAUGGCUGAAAUUUUUAGUUUUUUUUUAAGAUUAAUGGAACAACAUUUUUCAGAAUUUCAAAAGAAAAAUAGUUUAGGUUGUACUUCUGAAGCUGCAGCACAUAGCAAAGUUGUACAAGUAGUAUUAUCCACAUUAACUGGAUUUGUAGAGUGGAUUUCAAUUAAUCAUGUUAUGGCAGAAGAUGGUAGAUUAUUACAAAUAUUAUGUCUUCUAUUGGGGGAUCCAAUAUUUCAAUGCUCAGCAGCUGAAUGUUUAUUACAAAUAGUAAAUCGUAAAGGAAAAGCUGAAGACAGGAAACAAUUAAUGAUUUUAUUUUCUGAAGAUGCUUUGAGAUAUAUUUAUACAGCAGCAACUGCAGCAUCACCUGUUACUGGAACAAAUGAAUUUCAUGAAAAUCAUUAUUUGUUUUUAAAAAAAUUGACACAGGUGUUAACUGGAAUGGCAACUCAAUUAUGUACACUUUGGGGUAAAGAUGAUAGCUCGAAUAUUCGGCCAGCACAUUUCAAUAUAUUUCUAGAUACUGUAUUGACAUUUACUAUGUAUUCAAGUUUAACAUUAACACAUAUGGCAAAUGCAAUUUGGGUAAUGCUAUUUAAGCACGAACAGAUAAAACAAGAUCCAUUGUUAUUAACUUACAUACCAAAAUAUGUAGAAAGUACAGCACCAAAGCUAAUAAAAAUAGCAUAUCCACAAGGUAGACAAGCUAAUGGAAUGAGCGCAUACUGUCUUGCGGAUUAUGAUUCGGUGGAGGAAUUCAAUGUUUUUCUCCAUCGAUUUCGAACUGAUUUGUUGGAAGGAUUUCGUCAAGCAACAAUGGUAGCGCCUUUAGUAACAUUUACUUAUGUACAACAAUGGUUAACAGCUAAAAUUACAAAAGGAAUGACAGAUCUUCGAUAUCAAAGUGAUCAAAAUGAUCUACAAUAUCUUGAAUGGGAAGCACUUGCACAAGCUUUAGAUUCUGUUGUAUCAAGAAUUCUUUUGAUUAACGAACGACCAAGUGUUCAAACUGGUCUUCAAUUGUUAGAAUUGUGCCUUGGUUAUUCUCCUCAAGAUCCUUGGUUAUUAUCUGCACUACUUUCUUGUAUCAGUGCUCUUUUUGUAUUCUUAUCUAUGUCAACUGGUUCAAUGGCUAUGCCAGGAGUAGCUAUUCUACCUAGAGUUCUGGAAAAAAUCUUUGCUGCUCUCGUAUUUGAAGCACCUGGUGAAACGAAGGGUACUCGAUCUAAAGCAGCAAAGAAUGUAAGGCGGCAUGCUGCUAGUCUCAUGGUUAAAAUUAGUCUGAAAUAUCCAUUAUUACUGCUUCCAGUUUUCGAGCAAAUACAUACAAUGGUUCGAGGUUUAGCAAGAGAACCUAGCCCUUUAUCUAAAAUGGAAACUACAUUAUUAUAUGAAGCAUUACUGUUGAUAUCGAAUCAUUUCUGUGAUUAUGAGAGACAAACUAGAUUCGUUGCUGAAAUAAUUGGUGAUGCAUCAGCAAAGUUCAUUGCUCUUGGAUCUGAAUCGUUUAAAGGACCACUCGAAUUUAUGAGAUUUAUAGGAUUAGAUCGACCACCAGUUGAAAAUAUUACAGAAGAUCCGGCAGGUCAAAAUCGAAGUGACUUAAUGAUUUGUAUUUGUACGAUAUUAUGUGUUGUAAAACGGUGCUCUAUCCCCGAUGAUCCAGAUCGUGCUGCAAGAGGCAGUUUUGUAGCUGCACUUAGCGAAAGUGGAAAUCCAGUAUAUAGAAAUCCUGCUACACCACAUGUAAUUCCUAUAUUGCCCACACUUUUUGCAUUACUUAGAACAAUGAAUGCUUUAUUCACAUCUGCUGCUUUAGCAGCUUUAUCAGAGGGAUAUAAAAAUGCUCAUGAAUUAUUAGAAGCAGAAAAAGCAAAUCUAUUGGGUUUAAAUACAACAAAUGAUAAUGAACGCGCUUCUGAACCUGAUCAGUCUUCAGUUACAGCUUUAGUCCGAAUGCAAUCAUUUCUUAAUACUAUAAAUGAUUUAUGCUAUCAUAUGUUAGGUAGUGGAUGUCACAUGAUUGGAAGAGAUUUCUAUCAGUUACCUGGUUUAGCACCAGCACUUAUCAAUUCAGUUUUUUCUAAUAUGGAGAUGAUUCCAGAUUAUAGAUUGCGACCAAUUAUACGCGUAUUCAUGAAACCAUUUAUAUAUUCUUGUCCACCUGCAUUUUACGAAAGUGUUCUUGUACCCGUUUUGGCUCAUGUUUCUACACAUAUGUGCCAAAGAUUGAGUGCAAAAUGGCAAUAUAUCGCACAUCUUUAUGAAUCUGGUGGUUUAGAUGAAGAAAAUACUGAUACACAAGAAGUUAUUGCUGAUAUGUUAAAUCGAAAUUUGACAAGAGAUUUUGUAGAUGUAUUGAAAGUAGCUCUCGUUGGCGGUGCUGCUAGUGAUGCAACGCCUCCUGAUACUAUGGAACAAGAUAGUAGUGGUAUGGCCAUAGAUUUUCCUUUAUCACGUGGAAAUAGUAUAGUUGCUGAAGUUGUUAGUGAGUUGGGAGCUGUAGUUCUUCGUCAUCCGACUACGUGCCAUAGUGUUGUUUUAUGUGUUUUAGGAGCUUUAGCUUGGAAUGACUCAAAUGCCAGUUUAAAAGCUACAAUGUUAACCGGACCAGUUGUACGAGCAUUAGCAGCUGAUGGCAGUUUAACACCUGAUAUGGCUGCUCAUAUUAUGGUAGCAAUUCUUCAAGGUUUGCAACUUCAUGGACAACAUGAUGCCAAUCAAGGUUCUCUUAUAACUUUGGGUGCACAAGUUUAUGAAUGUCUACGACCUAAAUUCCCUAAUAUUAUUGAAGUAAUGCAGCAAAUUCCGGGCGUAAAUCUUACGGAUUUACAACGUUUCGAUGAAAAAAUGGCUGUAGUUAGUACUAAAGGAAAUAAAGUUGAAAAAGGAAAAAAAGAUCUUUUUAAGAAAAUUACAAAUCAGCUUAUUGGUCGAAGUGUUGGUCAAUUAUUUCGUAAAGAAGUCAAAAUAGACAAUUUACCACGAAUAGAAGUUUUUGGAAAGCAACAAGCGAUACGUGUGGAUGAAGUAUCCGAGAAUUCAACUGAUAGCGGAUUUGCAGCUUUAUUUGCAGGACCCACGUAGCAAAAACUCCAUUUACAUGACCACUCUGCAUACAUAUGGUCUGAAUUAAUAAAUUGUAAUAAAUCAUCGUGAAAACAUUUUCCUACAACAAAAGAUUGAACUAUAUACAUAAUGGGAUCCUGCAAUUGAAAUAAGAAGAUAAGAAUAGAGUAAGCUCAUAUUAAGAUGUUUCAUCUUUAAAUUAUUCAUAAAAUUGAACGCGUAUAUACACAGUUUGGUAAUACAAUUUAUACUUAACUACUUUAUUUAUAUAUCAAAUAAUGAAUAAAGUUAAAAGAAAAUACGCUUACACACGCGUUCAGGAUCGAUUAUGAAUAGUUUAUAAGACAAAAAAAUUUAAUAUCUAAUUUUAUUUGAAAAAAUCUCUUAUUUUUAAUUCAGGACUUCAAUACGCAAAAAAGUUAGUAUUUCUUGAAUAUUCAGGGUGUGUAGUAAUGCAUGCGUGCGUAUGUAUGUAUGUAUGUAUGUAUUGUAUGCGUGAUACGUAUUCAUACGUAUAUGUAACAUAAAAUAUUUGUCGUUAAAGAAGAGCAUGCAGUACAUAUGAUGAGACAAAUAUGAAGCAAAUCUAAGUAGAUUAUUGAAUAAUUGUAUAUUAAGUCUUAUGCAUUUAUUACUAUUUCUUUGGAUUUACAUAAAAUCUUUUGUAACAAUGUAAAACAACAUGAUUUUCAACGCGAUGUGUAAUACAGUUUUUGUAAACAAUAUUUCGCUAAUGUAUAAUAUAAAGAUUGUUGAUUUAUAUAAAACAAUUUUACGAUUUGGUACAAAUAUUGUAUUCGAAUUGAUUAUAAUUGUUUUUAAUCAAGAGAAAAAUGUGUCCAUUUCUCAGCACUUUUUAAAAAUAUUGUUUCAUAUUGUAUGUUUCAUAUGAAUUUAGUUGUAAAGUUUUAUUUGGGCAUUUCGAAAACAUAUAAAAUAAUUUUUUUUAAAUAUUUAAUAUUAAAUAUGUUUGGGCCAUAUUAUUCCCAUUAAAUGCAAUUUUUGUUUAUCAUUUAAAAUUUACAAAAAUUCAAAUUAAAUAGCAUUUUAGAUACUUAUAUGUAAAUCAAACGUAAUAUUUCUAUGUUUUGUUGUUACUUCUUUUUAAUUAUUUUAUUUUAUUAUUGUGAAUAAUGUAGCACAUUGUAACUAUCACAUAAAAAUGAAUUAGUACUUUACACAAUUGCCAUUAUAUAUCAAAUAGCGACAAUACUUUACAUGAAAUUGUAGAUAUUAAUAAUCAUUUAAUACAUGACAAUCAUCAUGGAUUUAAAAAUAAUGUAGCACAGAAUUUGUAUGUAGUAUUACAUGAUAGAAACUGUGCUAUUUAAAAAAUUUAUUACACUAGGUAUAGAAAAAAUUUAAAUAAUACCAGUGUCUUUUAUUAAUUGUAUUUAAAUGAUAAUUCAAAUACUAAAAUUUAAUAUUAAAUUAUAUCAUGUUAUAUAUACAAUCAAUUUGCCUAUCAUAUUAACAUCACAUGUGUUCUAAAAUAAAAUUCAUAAAGAACUAUAUUUUGCAACAAAAUACUAUCGAGAUUACCAUAAUAAAGUACAAGUUUUUAAUAAACUUCAAAUUUUAUUACUAGUUAAACUAGUUACGCGUUAGAGUUUAACAAUUUUUAUUUAAAAUACGCGACAAUAUGCACAUU